AUGGAAGACAUAAAAGUGUGUAGAAUAUGCCUCGUUAUGGAUGUUAAAAUGUUCGACCUGCAAUCUUAUCCUCUAGGAACUUACUAUGAACUAAUUAUAGGAGUAAACCCACUAAAGUUAGCAGACCUGCCGCAAUUUGCCUGUUACGAGUGUGCCGCAUUAGUCAAGAAGUUCUUUUUCUUCCGUGAGAAAUGUCUGAGGGGACAAGCUGCUCUAUGUGGUAUACUGCAUUCAUCGGGACAGAUAACAUCAGAAGAUAUAAAACAGAUAGACAGACAACGUUUAUUUCUGACAUCAAAUCUCUCUGUAGUAAAUAUAGAAGAGGGUCAAGACGUUUAUAUGCCUUAUCAAAAUGAAACUAAAGUCGAUAUUAUCAAAGAGGAGUUAUUUGAUCCAGAAGAAAGUAUUCAGGAUUUUGAUGAUGGACUAGAAGAACCCUUUGAACUAGAAGAUAGUAUUCAAGAGUGUGAUGUGGAAGCUGGAAAUAUAAAAGAAGAAGAUUGUUUUGAUGAAAUUCCUGCAACAUUAUCAAGUGAUGAUAAUGAACCACUAUCUCUUCAUAAAACUAAUAAAGAGAAGCAGCUUAAAAAGACAUUGGUGAAAAAGAAGCGAAGGAAAUCAAUAAAGAAAGAGGAACAUGAAGGGCCUGAUUUAGAAAAUAAGCCUGAAGAAAAUUUAAUUUUCACUGAGAGUGCAGAUGACAGUCAAAUGUUGCCUCCAGAUAUUAUUGAAAUUGUUAAAAGCAAACCCAAAAGAGGUCGUCCGCGAAAAAUUGUAGAGGAAUCAACGGAGAAAAAAGAACAGAAGCCAAGAAGAACGAGGAACACGGGAGGCCUACCUGAUGAUGAGACAGACCUGGAGGAAUAUGUCACAAUCAUAAAAUUAACGGUGGAGGAACAGAUUGAAGAGAUAACGAAGCGCAAGACUUCCUCGAACUAUCUGAACGCGUUGUUCCAGUGCAAUUUGUGCUAUAAAGGCUUCAUAGACACGCACGCGUGGAAACAUCACGUGGGGAAACACGAUCCAAGCGCGGGUGAUCUGGAGUGCUCGAUCUGCAAGUUCCGCUUCAAAACGAAGCGGACGCUGCAGAAGCACGUCACCAACCACGAGAAGAAGUACGCCUGCAAAGCUUGCCCUUAUGUCUCGAAGACAACGACACAAGCAAAACAGCACCAGAGGUGGCAUAAGGGCGUCACUUACAAAUGCCAGUACUGCGAUGAAAUAUCGACCAAGUGGACGUCGUACCUGAGCCACGUGCGCAUGAAACACCCGUCGCAGCACAUCUGCGGCGCGUGUGGCUACUCCUUCGUGAGCCGCCUCGGCCUCGCCAUGCACCGCACCAUGAUGCACAAGGACCUCGUCAAAGCAGAAGAAAGUGAAGAAGGUCCGUACUGCGAGCAGUGUGACGUGAAAUUCUUAUCAGAAGAAGCUUGGAAAAGACACAUGGUGACUUCGGUGAAGCAUACACAGAGCACUGAUUUUAAUACGGGAUGCCGGGUCUGCGGUGAGACAUUCAGUAAUGCAGAAGAGUUACGUCUGCACCAUAGAACGGAACACGCGCGCAAAAGGCCCAAGAACUACGGCAAGAAGCCGUCCAAUCUCGCCUGGCCCACAGAAUGCGAACAUUGUUCUGAGAAGAUAGCGAAUGCACGAGACUAUUGGACUCACUUUCGACGCGUACAUCCUGAUAAAAACUAUCCUAUUCAGAAGAAUUACAUCUGUGAUAUUUGCGGCAAGAGUUUUCGGGGCAAUGCGUUUUUAGUGUAUCACAAACGAACACACUCCGAGGAGCGUGCAUACAAGUGCGCCCUGUGUCCGAAAGCGUUCUUCAACCGCACCAACCUGCAAAUGCACGAACGCACGCACUCCGAUGUGCGGCCGCACCCCUGCCCGGUCUGCUGCAAGGCCUUCAAGUGCAAGGGCGCGCUCGAGCGGCACUCGCGAAGCCACACUGGAGUGAAACCGUACGAGUGCGAAGUAUGCGGUAAGGCGUUCGCGCAGUCCAACAGUCGCAAGUUGCACGUGCGCACCGUGCACCACAAGCAGCCCUCGCCGUACAUCAGCCGCAGCCGCCUCGAGCGCCGCAACCGCCUCGCGCACCAGCUCUACUGA